AUGUCAACUCGAGAUCUCCCAAAGUCAAUUCCAGACUUUUUCGUAGGUUGGACAAAGAAAGUUUCCCAAGAAUUGCCAAAGGGUAAGGCAGAAUUUGAAGAUGAAGCUGCCCAAUUAUAUGACGAAGAUGAAAGUGCCAAGAAGGUUACUUUUAACACUUUAUGGCCAACAUUUUGUUGUGGAGCAGGUCUCUUUUCAGAUGGUUACGUUAACAACUCAAUUGGUACGAUUAACACAUGUUUGUCAACUUUAUAUCCUAAGGAAUAUGAGGGUUCGAACGCAAUUUCAAACGUUCCAUCCAUUGCUUUCGUGGGAAUUGUUGUCGGGCAGUUAACAUUUGGAUUCGUUUCGGAUUACAUGUCAAGAAAAACUGGUAUGUUGGCUGCAAAUGUAAUGCUUAUGGUCUUCUCCCUUUUAUGUUCGUGUGCAACUUGGGGGGCUCAUGGUUCCAUUUACGGAAUGUUGGCUGCAAUUACGGCAUUCAGGUUUUUCUUGGGUGUUGCUAUUGGAUCUGAAUAUCCCACCUCUUCAGUCAUUGCUGCAGAGUUUGCCAAUUCUCUUCCAAAGGGACAUAGAAAUAGAUACUUUUCAUGGUUCACAAAUGCCAUGAUCGAUUUGGGUUUCGUUAUUUCAUCAUUCGUCCCCUUAGUUCUUUUAUGGAUUUUCACCCCAAGACAUUUGACUGCUGUUUGGAGAUUGUCAUUUGGUUUGGGUGUCUUCCCUCCGUUAUUUUUAUUCUUGUUAAGACUAAAAUUAAUUGAAGAAGGGUCAUUUUCCAAAGCAAAGAUUAGUAAAACUCAAAAAUUGCCUUACUGGUUAAUUUUCAAGUUUUAUUGGUUUAGGUUGCUUGUGGUAGCCUUAUUGUGGUUUAUGUAUGAUUUCUCUGUCUACUCCUUUAACACUUAUUCCUCGUGGAUUUUCGACCAGAUCAUUCCUGGAAGCGAUUUGUACAAAUCAUUUGGUUGGAAUGUUGUGUUUAACUUAUUUUACAUGCCAGGUGCCAUUAUCGGAGGAUGGGUAUCUGAUUACAUUGGUCCAAGAUUAACAUUUUGCUUAGGUGUUGGAUUACAGGCAAUCAUUGGAUUUGCUAUGGGGGGCUGCUACCCAGAAUUAAAGAAACACAUUGCUGGAUUCACUGUAGUAUUUGGUAUUUUCUCCUCUUUAGGUGAGUUGGGACCAGGUAAUAAUAUUGGUAUCUUGGCAGCAAGAACAUCUGCGACUCCUGUCCGUGGUCAAUACUACGCAAUUGCUGCAGCUACAGGUAAAAUUGGAGCCUUCGUAGGAACAUGGGUGUUCCCAGCUAUCAAGAAGAAGUAUGACAAGAUCGAUGAAAAUUUGGGUAUGCAAGUACCAAUCUAUAUUUCAUCGGCUCUUUGUUUCUUUUCUUUAUUUUUAUGUUUGUUUUGCUGCCCAUCAAUCUCUCAAGAUGCUUUGUCACAAGAAGAUUACGCAUUCUUCAAGUACUUAAAGGAAGAAGGUUACGAUAUCAGUCAGUUCGGGGAUGGUUCCCUUGCAGCCAAGUUUGAUGAUGUUGAAUCUGAAACUACCAUUGAAGAGACAAAGACGGAUAAAGUUAACAUUGAAGUAGAAAAACUAGAUUAA